UGAGAGUACAUGGAAAGUGGUUGUCAAAAUUGACUUUUGUUGUUUUCAUGUUUCUCAUCAUAUACAUAUAUUUGGCGCCCUAGAAAAUGGAGAACCAAAUUCUAGUGCAAGAGCCCCUGACAAGCCUUCUCAAGGCUACUUGUUCAGCCACUGCGUUGGUGCCUGUUAGCAACUCAGAACAGAUUGCUUCCCUAAACAAUUUUUUUUCAGUUACAUUCCCACACACACAUGAUGUCUCGAAUCCCCGACCUCAAGGGUGGAGCUACGAAAUUUUAUUAAAGGGGACAUAAAUAGGAAAUUGUGACAAAAUUGAGGGGAUAAUUACACUGCUUCCAUUGUUGCUCGACCUAUUGGUUGGAGGGGAUCAACUAAGCCGCGAAUAGUUAUAAUCUAUCCCCAAUUCGAGCGUUUAACUAAACUGUUAGAAUAAAUAAUAUCUAUAGUCAAGGAAUUUCAGGCGGAUAUGAGAAUGAGCGAAUCAGCUGAUCCACCGUUCGAGAUAGCCUACAAGCAUCUGCUGGAGAACGUACCCGAAAAUGUGCGCCUGCGAAACAGUUUAUCGACUGUGGAGGAGUGCGAGCUCCCCUUAAUCGAUAUGCAGCAAUUAGGCCUGGGAGAGGCGGAGAGACAGGAAUGCAAGAAGCUCAUUGCUCGGGCUUCCCAGGAAUGGGGUUUCUUCCAGGUCAUCAACGAUGGAGCUUCUCGCAACGUGCUGGAGAAUAUGAGAAGCGAGCAAGUGAAGCUGAUGAGAAAGUCGUUCCAAGAGAAGAAAGCCUACAAAGAUCUGAACUUAUCGGAUGGAACUUAUCGAUGGGGCGCGCCUUUGCCUACUUCUCUUAAGCAGCUCUCCUGGUCCGAGGCCUUCCAUGUCCAGUUGAGCGAUAUACUGGACUCCCGCCGCUCCCACAACACCAACCGCCUCAGGUCAAGCAUGGAGGAAUUUGUGUUUGCCAUUUGUGAAGUGGCGAAAGAGUUGGCGGAGAUACUGGCGGAGGAAAUGGGACGUGAGACGGAUCUUUUCCAAGAAGCGUGCCUCCCGGAGAGCUGCUACCUCCGGUUGAACAGAUACCCGCCUUGCCCAAACUACAGUCACUUGAUGGGCUUGAUGCCGCACACCGACACUUCCUUCCUCACUGUACUACACCAAGACAACGUCGGAGGGCUGCAGCUCGUCAAAGACGGAAAAUGGAUCGCCGUCAAACCCAAUCCGGAUGCCCUCAUCAUCAACAUCGGCGAUCUGUUUCAGGCAUGGAGCAACAACUUGUACAAGAGCGUGGAGCAUCGCGUAGUAGUAGCGAAUCCGGUGAAGGAGAGGUUCUCCACGGCUUAUUUCUUAUGUCCGCCAACCGAGACCGUCAUUGAGAGCGGCGGAGUUGGAGGAGCUGUUUACCGGAGUUUUAGCUUCGGAGAAUACAAGAAGCAGAUCGAGUUGGAUGUUAAGAACGUUGGCCAGAAAAUAGGGCUUCCGAGGUUCCUCUUACCCACUCAUUAAUUACAGAUUAUGUAUAUAUAUAUUAGUAAUAAACAUAUAUGCGGCUGAUCAUUAAAUAGUUAAUUAGAUUAAUGAAACAAAAUAUCGGGUAUUUAAGGUUUGUUGAACCUAGAUAAAUGAGGGUUAGGCCCAUUCGUUUUGGAUGUAGUGACUGUGAUAUAUCCAUUUUAAACCAA